CCCAGUCUUCCCAAUCAGCUUGACAACCAACACGUGCGGAAGCCAUUUUGGAUUUUCGCCGGCAACUUCAUUACGAAUUUUAGCAAAAUAAUUCACUSCAUCGUGGAAAAAUGUCUGUAAUUGUAUUAAAUCAGAAUACAAAGCGAGAAUCUGGGAGGAAAGUUCAAAUUGGCAACGUUCAAGCUGCAAAGACGAUUGCUGAYGUAAUACGAACAUGUCUUGGUCCAAGGGCAAUGCUUAAGAUGUUGAUGGAUCCAAUGGGAGGAAUAGUCAUGACAAAUGAUGGCAAUGCUAUYCUAAGAGAGAUUCAAGUUCAACAUCCAGCUGCGAAAUCAAUGAUCGAAAUCAGCAGAACACAAGACGAGGAAGUAGGAGAUGGCACGACGUCAGUCAUUAUACUUGCUGGUGAGUUUAUGUCCUGUGCCGAGCCGUUUCUAGAGCAACAGCUGCAUCCUACACAGAUAAUAGCAGCUUAUCGUCAGGCCAUGGAUGACAUGAUUGAUAUACUAAAAGAUGAAAUCAGUGUUCCUGUAGAUGUCAAUAAUAGAGAAGAAAUGAUAAAGAUUAUUAGGAGUUCUGUUGGUACUAAAUUUAUCAAUAAAUGGGGUGACUUAGCAUGUAAUAUUGCAUUAGAUGCUGUCAAUACAGUUGUUAUUGAUAGAGGAGACAAUAGGAAAGAGAUUGACAUCAAAAACUAUGCAAAAGUAGAAAAGGUACCAGGAGGAGACAUUGAAGAUUCUAGAGUAUUAACAGGAGUUAUGUUGAACAAAGAUGUCACCCAUGGAAGAAUGAAAAGGCGCAUUGAAAACCCAAGAAUCAUUCUCCUUGAUUGUCCUCUUGAAUACAAGAAAGGAGAGAGCCAGACAAGUCUAGAGAUUUCUGGAGAAAUGGAUUUCAAUCGAAUUCUCCAACUUGAAGAGGAACACAUCAAGAAAAUAUGUGAUGAAGUCAUUGCUUUGAAACCUGACUUGGUYAUCACUGAGAAAGGAAUAUCAGAUCUUGCCCAGCAUUUCCUGAUGAAAGCUGACAUAUCAGCAAUUCGAAGAGUAAGAAAAACUGACAAUAACAGGAUUGCUAGAGCKUGUGGAGCCACUAUUGUCAACAGGACUGAUGAAUUGAAAGAAGAAGAUGUUGGAACUGGAGCUGGACUUUUUGAAAUCAAUAAAUUUGGAGAUGAAUACUUCACUUUUAUUACUGAGUGCAAGAACCCCAAGGCUUGUACUAUUCUACUUAGAGGAGCAAGUAAAGAUAUCUUACAUGAGGUUGAAAGGAAUCUUCAAGAUGCUAUGAAUGUUGCUCGUAAUGUGAUUACUGAUCCUAGACUUGUUCCUGGAGGUGGAGCUUGUGAAAUGGCUCUUGCACAUGCCUUGACAGAAAAGUCCAAGUCAGUUGCUGGCGUCCAGCAGUGGCCAUACCGUGCCGUGGGUAAAGCACUGGAAGUCAUACCAAGAACACUGAUUCAAAACUGUGGCGCAAACACUAUCAGGACACUAACUGCUCUCAGGGCCAAGCAUGCCGUCAAAGGUAAUACUACUUGGGGCGUGGAUGGCGAAAGUGGUGAAAUAGUGAAUAUGACUGAGAAAGGAGUCUGGGAUACUUACUCAGUUAAGGCUCAGACCUAUAAGACUGCYAUUGAGACUGCUAUGUUGCUUCUACGUAUCGAUGACAUUGUAUCAGGUACCAAGAAAGCUUCUGGUCGAGAGGGAUCUGAAUCUGGUGCUGCACCAACAACUGGAGGCGGCGGUGAAGAUUAACGCUAUAUUUAGACCUUACGUUACCUGAUUAAUGCAGUCACGCAUCGCUUUAUUAA